GAAUUUCAAUUUUCAAUAUAAUAUUGUAAAUAAGCUUCGUAGAAUCGUAUUUCGUUUUGUCAUUAGAAAUUUAGGAUUAAGGCAUUUUAAUUUUUAUUAUACAUUCUGGCGUUCCGCUGACGUUUUGUAAAAUUGUAUUACAGAUUUCGUAGUCUUAAAUAAUAUUUUAGUAAAAUGUUCAAGACCAUAAGGUAUCUGUCCCAGCUCUCAUCAAUCGUUUCAACUGGAUUACGAUCUUCAGUUUUAAACAGAUAUUUGGUUCGGAGUAUCUACUAUCAAUGUCGACAGCCGAUUCUUGCAAAUAAAUUGUUAUGUGUCAACAUAGACAGACGUUACAAACGUACAAAAAAAGAAAAUGACCAAGAUUCUGACGAUGAAUUCGAUUUAGAAAUGGACGAAUCCAGUCAACUGGUUAAAUUUAGGACCAGUACGAUGAGAAUGGAUACUGUUCUAAAACAUGCACUAGGAAAGUCUAGAAAUAAAAUUGAAGUAGCUUUUUAUGAAAGUCGUAUCCGUGUGAAUGGAGAAAAAGUACAGAAGAAAAGCCAUGCAAUAGAAGUAGGGGAUGAGGUGGAUCUAGUGAAAGGUCCUAGUCCAAAUAAUCCAGAUUUUCUUUUAGUAUCAAGAGUAGAAGUAUUAUCUGCCAAAUUAGAUGGAGAUGAAUUUGAAGUGAAAUUAAAAAAGUAUAAAAGUCUUUUGAUAAAUAAUUAUGAAAAUAAAUGGAAAUCGCAACCAUAAAAAUAUA